GUGAGGGUCCCAUGUUGUGCUAAGGGCGUCACCUCAAGUGCUACAAGAGCUGGCAGCAUCUGGUUUCUCAGGAAGUGAGAGAGCUACACAUCUGCUCCUGGGAAGCAGUAUUUGUUAAAUAAGCCUCGUUUCCCAGCAACCAUUGUAGCCCCCAGGGCCACAGUGAAGGGUGACUUGCUUUCCCGCCUCCCCCCGAAAAGCUUAGAAGAGACUCUGCUGCUCCCCGCCCAGCUGCAGCUACAGCGACCUCCCAGUUGGACAAUACAGGCUCUGUCCUUGGCCAGGAGAUCCGCCUCUGGAGUCAGCUCUGCCCCUUCCCCCGCUCUUCCUGGUUCCCAGCACCUAAAUCCUCCACUGAAGUUCUGACUCAGUGGUCUUCCAGCCAGGUCAGCCCCACACUCAAAAGUCCCCCUCCUAUGGUCCCCUUCACCUCAAGAUCCUGAGUGCACUCAGUCACAGGCAUGGGAUCACCCCAGACCAUGGAAGAGGAGGCUCCGCCUUUGGUACCAAGAUGGGCCUCCCUUUGCAUAGUUAAGCCUAGGAGAGCCGAGCCACAUAGCUUCCGGGAGAAGGUUUUCCGGAAGAAAGCUCCAGUGUGUGCAGUAUGUAAGGUGAUCAUCGAUGGGACUGGUGUCUCAUGCAGAGUCUGCAAGGUGGCCACGCACAGAAAAUGUGAAGCAAAGGUGACUUCACCCUGUCAGGCCUUGCCCCCUGCGGAGCUGCGGCGAAACACGGCCCCAGUGAGACGCAUAGAGCAUCUGGGAUCCACAAAGUCUCUGAACCAUUCAAAGCAGCGCAGUACUCUGCCAAGGAGCUUCAGCCUGGACCCACUCAUGGAGCGCCGCUGGGACUUGGACCUCACAUACGUGACAGAGCGCAUCUUGGCCGCCUCUUUCCCCGCGCGGCCAGAUGAGCAGCGACACCGGGGCCACCUGCGCGAGCUGGCCCACGUGCUGCAAUCCAAGCACCGGGACAAGUACCUGCUCUUCAAUCUUUCAGAGAAAAGACAUGAUCUGACCCGCCUGAACCCCAAGGUCCAGGACUUCGGCUGGCCUGAGCUUCAUGCCCCUCCUCUGGACAAACUGUGCUCCAUCUGCAAAGCCAUGGAGACAUGGCUCAGUGCUGACCCUCAGCAUGUGGUCGUAUUGUACUGCAAGGGAAGCAAGGGCAAGCUCGGGGUCAUCGUCUCUGCCUAUAUGCACUACAGCAAGAUCUCAGCAGGGGCAGACCAGGCGCUGGCAACUCUCACCAUGAGAAAAUUCUGCGAGGACAAGGUGGCUACAGAACUGCAGCCCUCCCAGCGCCGAUACAUCAGCUAUUUCAGCGGGCUGCUGUCAGGCUCCAUCAGAAUGAACAGCAGCCCUCUCUUCCUGCACUAUGUGCUUGUGCCCAUGCUGCCAGCCUUCGAACCCGGCACAAGCUUCCAACCCUUCCUCAAAAUCUACCAGUCCAUGCAGCUCGUCUACACAUCUGGAGUCUAUCACAUCGCAGGCUCUGGGCCCCAGCAGCUUUGCAUAAACCUGGAGCCAGCCCUCCUCCUCAAAGGUGACGUCAUGGUAACCUGCUAUCAUAAAGGUGGCCAGGGGACAGACCGGACCCUCGUGUUCAGAGUCCAAUUCCAUACGUGCACCAUCCAUGGACCACAGCUCACCUUCCCCAAGGACCAGCUGGACGAGGCCUGGGCUGAUGAGAGGUUCCCAUUCCAAGCCUCAGUGGAGUUUGUCUUCUCCUCCAGCCCCGAGAAGAUCAAAGGCAACACCCCACGGAAUGACCCUUCGGUCUCUGUGGACUACAACACCACAGAGCCUGCUGUGCGCUGGGACUCCUAUGAGAACUUCAACCAGCACCAUGAGGACAGUGUGGAUGGCUCUUUGGCCCAUACUCGGGGCCCCCUGGAUGGCAGUCCUUAUGCCCAGGUGCAGCGGGCCCCCCGCCAGGCCCCACCAGCACCCUCUCCAGAGCCACCCCCACCCCCCAUCCUCUCUGUCAGCAGUGACUCCGGCCAUUCAUCCACACUGACCACAGAGCCAGCUGCUGAGUCCCCAGGCCGCCCACCUCCAACUGCUGCUGAACAGCAGGAGCUAGACCGCCUCCUAGGAGGCUGUGGGGUGGCCAGUGGGGGUCGGGGAGCUGGGCGUGAGACAGCCAUCCUAGAUGAUGAAGAGCAGCCUCUUGUGGGCAGAGGCCCCCACCUUGGAAUGUACCCAGGCCACAGGACUGGCCUCAGCCGCCACUGUUCCUGCCGCCAGGGCUACCGGGAACCCUACGGGGUCCCCAAUGGAGGCUAUUACCGGCCAGAGGGAACCCUGGACAGGCGACAGCUUCCCUACGGAGGCUUUGAGGGCCCCUCCCAGGGCUAUGCUGAGGCCUCUAUGGAGAAGAGGCGCCUCUGCCGAUCGCUAUCCGAAGGACCCUACCCCUAUGCACCUGAGCUGGGGAAAGCAGCCAAUGGGGACUUUGGCUAUCGCCCUGCAGGCUACCGGGAGGUAGUGAUCUUGGAGGACCCAGGGGUGCCUGCCUUGUGCUCAUGCCCAGCCUGUGAGGAGAAGCUGGCACUGCCCACAGCAGCCCUGUAUGGACUACGGCUGGAGAGGGAGGCUGGAGAAGGGUGGGCCAGCGAGGCUAACAAGCCCCUCCUGCACCCAGUGCGGCCUGGGCACACACUGCCUCUGCUAGUGCCUGCCUGUGGGCAUCACCAUGCCCGAAUGCCUGACUACAACUGCCUGAAGCCUCCCAAGGUGGGGGAGGAAGGGCGUGAGGGCUGUUCCUUUGCCAUGUGCCCAGAAGGCAGGUAUGGGCAUCCAGGCUACCCUCCUUUGGUGACCUACGGCUAUGGAGGAGCCGUUCCCAGUUACUGCCCAGCAUAUGGCCGGGCACCUCACAGCUGUGGAUCUCCAGGUGAGGGCAGAGGGUAUCCCAGCCCUGGUGCCCACUCACCACAGGCUGGCUCCAUUUCCCCGGGCAGCCCACCCUACCCACCACCCAGGAAGCUAAGCUAUGAGAUCCCUGCAGAGGAGGGAAGGGAAAAGUACCCGCUCCCUGGGCACCUGGCCUCAGCAGGACCCUUGGCACCUGCAGAGUCGCCUGAACCAGUGUCCUGGAGGGAGGUCCCCAGUGGGCAUAGCACACUGCCUCAGUCUCCCCGAGAUGCCCAGUGCAGUGCCUCUUCAGAGUUAUCAGGUCCCUCCACACCUCUGCACACCAGCAGCCCAGUCCAGGGCAAGGAAAGCACCCGACGGCAGGACACCAGGUCCCCCACCUUGGCACCCACUCAGAGACUGAGUCCUGGAGAGGCUUUCCCCUCUGUUUCUCAGGGAGACACAGACAAGGUUCCUGAGGUGCCAACAAGAAGUAGAACUGAGCCUCCAGGCCCUAGUUCCUUUUCCCCCGCUUCCUCUCCCAGCUCCCCCAAUGACUGGCUUCAGGAAAGGAGCCCAGGGAACCAUUCAGACCGUGCCAGUCCUCGGGGCCCUGUGCCCACCACUCUGCCUGGCCUCCGCCAUGCCCCCUGGCAAGGCCCUCGAGGUCCCCCAGACAGCCCAGAUGGGUCCCCCCUUACCCCUGUGCCUACCCAGAUGCCGUGGCUUGUGGCCAACCCAGAGCCACCCCAGAGCUCACCCACACCUGCCUUCCCCCUGGCCGCAUCCUAUGACACAAAUGGCCCCACUCAGCCUCCGCUUCCUGAGAAACGCCACUUGCUAGGGCCUGGGCAACAGUCAGGACCCUGGGGCCUAGAGCAGGGAUCACCACCAGCCAGAGGCACCAGUCACCAUGUCACCUUCGCACCUCUACUCCCAGAUAACACCACCCAAACCCCAGAACUCCCUAUACAAGAGAGCCAAAGCAAUGUCAAGUUUGUCCAGGAUACAUCCAAGUUCUGGUAUAAGCCACACCUGUCCCGUGACCAAGCCAUUGCCCUGCUGAAGGACAAGGACCCUGGGGCCUUCCUGAUCAGGGACAGUCAUUCAUUCCAAGGAGCCUAUGGGCUGGCCCUCAAGGUGGCUACGCCCCCACCCAGUGCCCAGCCCUGGAAAGGGGACCCCUUGGAACAGCUGGUCCGCCAUUUCCUCAUUGAGACUGGCCCCAAAGGGGUGAAGAUCAAGGGCUGUCCCAGUGAACCCUACUUUGGCAGCCUGUCUGCCCUGGUCUCCCAACAUUCCAUCUCCCCCAUCUCCCUGCCCUGCUGCCUCCGCAUUCCAAGUAAAGAUCCUCUGGAAGAGACCCCAGAGGCUCCAGUGCCCACCAACAUGAGCACAGCAGCAGACCUCCUACGUCAAGGCGCUGCCUGCAGUGUGCUCUACCUGACCUCAGUGGAGACAGAGUCACUGACUGGCCCGCAAGCUGUGGCCAAGGCUAGCUCUGCAGCUCUGAGCUGCAGCCCCCGCCCAACACCAGCUGUGGUCCACUUCAAAGUCUCUGCCCAGGGCAUCACACUGACAGACAACCAAAGAAAGCUUUUUUUUCGCCGCCAUUACCCAGUGAGCAGCAUCACCUUCUCCAGCACUGACCCUCAGGACCGCAGAUGGACUAAUCCAGAUGGGACCACCUCCAAGAUCUUUGGUUUCGUGGCCAAGAAGCCGGGAAGCCCCUGGGAGAAUGUGUGUCACCUCUUUGCAGAGCUUGACCCAGAUCAACCUGCAGGCGCCAUUGUCACCUUCAUCACCAAAGUUCUACUGGGCCAGAGAAAAUGAAGGAAGGCCACAAGCUCCAAGCCCACAUCAACACUGCCCCUCCCAGCACACCACAGCCCUCACUGCCCUGAUCUGGACCCAAGGGCCCCAGGAGCCGGCACUCCCCCCACUACCACCGAGGAAGGGGAAGUAAACACCGGCCUGCGCCGCUGCUCUUACCCUGCCCCCAGCCUGCUAAGCUAAGUUGAUGGGCCCAUGAGAUGACCUUGCACGUUGAGCAGAUGGCAGACGGUGUGAGGGGUGAGGAGGCACUAGCAGUUGAACCCUGGAGGGGAUAAGGACAGCUCCAUCUGCAGGGGAAUAUCGGCCCUGGAAGGGAAUCAGUCCUGCCAACUCCACCAGGCUGCAGGUCCCAGCAUGGCAGGGAAAGUGGGGAGAGGCAUGGGGAGUAAGUCACUCCCUUCUCUGCCUCUUCUCUGAACAGAGAUCAGAGUGGGAUCACAUGAAUAGGGGAAAAAAAGAGAGAGUCUAUUUUUGUCUAAAUAAUAAAGAAUUUCUAUAA